UCUAAAAGUGAAGGUGGAGAAAAAGAGCAUAAAAUCUAAGUAUAUAUUUCUAUUAAAUCUGUACACAAAUCUGAUCCAGCGAUGCAAUUAUUACUGGGGUAUCAAACAGCUUAAAAAGGGUCUUGAAGAUCUCCGAUUUCCUCAGCACUUGUUUACCUGCACCAAGUUUUUUUCUUUCUAGUAAGAGAAAGCUUUGGGAUAUUGAGAGUUACUUACCUUUCUCCUACAACAACUUAAGAAGAGAAAGAAAGGAGAAAGAAGAAGAGAAGAGAAGAUCAUGGGUAGCGGUUAUUUUGGAGAACCUAACUUGGGAAAUAAUGAAAGAGGUGGUUCUUCAAGGAAAGGCAAGAAGAGCAACUCGGACAAGCCUAAGCAGCCACAGAGAGGCCUUGGUGUUGCUCAAUUGGAAAAGAUCAGAUUACAUGGACAAAUGGCUUCUGAUUACCAUCCCUCCCUUCACAGAACUCCUUACGCUACAACUUUCAAUCAGCAGGAGGAUAUAAGAGUGCAAACAGGCUAUUCACCAACAGCAGCAUCCUCGGCUUCCUUUGGCUACCCCAACUUCAUGAUGGGACUGGGUGAUUAUGAUAGAACGAAUAUCAGAUAUGGUGGUGAUUUUCAACCCCCAACUGCGGCAAGUUGGAACUCCGGACAUAACAUCUAUGAGGCUCAACAUUAUGCACAAGCAAAUGCAACUAGACACCCUUGGCCUCUGCAAGUUGAGGACACGCCGCAAAAACACAGCAAGAAACACCGAAGUAGCUCGAUGGGCUCUAGCAGUCAAAAUUCUGAAUCAAGAGAUACACAAGAACUAGAUUUGGAGCUCAGAUUGUCAAUAUAACGAGCCAUUUUCUGCCAAUCAAAUGAAAGGAAUCUCAUUUCAUGCUCUUAAGUGUUAAUUGGAAGUUAAUGAUGACAGGCUGGGGCUUUGGUAAACUGCACACAAGGUAGGCAGUGGUGAUGAGCGAGUCUGAACUUUCAUUUGGAAGGAAUCUUAAUUAUGUAAUUGAAGAUGGGUUCACUUUCUGCAUAAAAAAAUUAGAUUUUCUUCUUGUU